ACCUUUAUAUAGGUUAUGUUUAUGUCAUGAGAGUGCACGUGUUGUAUGUCAUUACGAGUUAAGUCAACGUAUCUUGUCAAAAAAAUGGCUUCGAAAAUAAAAAAAAAGAGUUUAGCUGAUAAAAUAAACUCUUUAGUUAGUACAACACCAACAAAUUUUGAUUCUGAUGACGACGCUGAAGAUACAAGGGCUAAAGUAGUUGAUCACUAUGAUGAAAGUGAUAAUUCUGUAAACAAUUUUCAAGUUUCAGAGAUAAGAAGACGAAACGUUGAUCUUUUGGACCAAUUAGAUGAAAGGUACAAGGGUAAAAAAAUUUCAAGAAAAGAUAUGUAUUCCGAAGAUGAUGGACCAGAUAAUUCAACAGAUGAUGAUGAUGAUAAUGAUGAUGAAGAAGAAAAAGAUGAAGAUGUAGAUGAAGAUGAAGAUGAAGAAGUAGAAGUAACAGAAGAAGAUGAAGAUGAAGAAGAGGAAGAUGAAAUAGAUAGUAUGAAAAAUGAAGAAAGCUACAAUGAUACAGACAGUAACAAUGAAGACGUUGAUAAUGAAAGUAUAAUGUCUUCCAAUAACGAUUCCAAUAUAAACCAGAAAAUAAAUUUUCAGACAAUGUCUAGUACAAAUCUGAGAGCAGAUAUUGAGAAAGGCAAUUGCGCUAGAAAUCAAUUAAAAUUAUGGGAAAAUUUAUUAGAAGUUAGAAUCAAAUUACAAAAGUGUCUAGUUACAAGUAAUCAAAUGCCUCAACAUAAUGUUUAUAAAAAUUUUAAGAAAGAUGUAGAAUAUAUGAAAAAAGCUCAUGAAAGCAAAAACAAAUUAAAAAUUCUUUUAAAUAAUAUGUUACAAUUACAAAGUGUUCUUUUAAAACAGUAUCCUGAAACAAUGAAUUUGUGCACAGAAAGUAGGAAAAGAAAAGCAGAAGAAAGUAUAGAUAAUGAAUUAUUGAAUGCUGAUGAUUCAAUGGAUGAAGAAAUUCCUUCAGAUACAGAAGAUGAAAAUAAUAUGGAUGAAAAAUUAGUGUUGAAUGAAGAUACAGGAUAUGAUACUAAGAAUAUGUUCAAUAUGCAAUUAAAACUUAGCAAUUAUGAAACAAUAAUAAACAAUAAUCAUAAAUCUUAUACAAAUUAUAGGGAUUCUGUGAUACAGAAAUGGAAUGAAAAAACAAAAAUAGCAAGUGGUAAAUUGAAUAAAAAUACGAAUCAAACUACGCUAAAACAAAUUGAGUUUAUGUUAAGCGAUAAGGAAAAAUUAUAUAAAAGAACUCAAUUAAGACGUUCGGAAUACAACAUUAUUGGGAAGAAAGAGCCAUUAAAAGAUAAGAACGAGGACAGAGGCGUCCAAGAAUAUGAUUCCGAAAUUUAUGAUGAUGAUGACUUCUAUCAUCAGCUAUUGAGAGAUUUAAUUGAACAUAAAUCAACCGAUAUCACAGACCCCAUUCAACUCAGUAAACAAUGGAUUCAAUUACAAAAUAUGAGAAGUAAAAUGAAGAGGAAAAUAGAUACAAGAGCUACUAAGGGUAGAAGGAUAAGAUACAAUGUACAUAAUAAACUAGUAAACUUUAUGGCACCCAUCACUAUUAAUGAUACAUGGACGGAUCAAGCAAAAGAUGAAUUGUACAGUUCUUUAUUUGGUAAAAUUAAAUCAGUAAAUGAGCAUACUACUCAUUGAAAUUAGAAGAAUUAAUGUAUCUUUAUUUAAUUUUGUACAUUUUAAUAAAGACUAUUUUAUGAGGUGUAUACGAAUUUAAGAAAAUGAACAUAUAUAUGUUAUUAUAUA